AUGGAGUCCUUUAAGAAUGAAGAUCUCCCCGAGAAUCCUCGAGAACGGUCAAAUAUUUUUUCUGCGUUAACCUUUUGGUAUACCAUUCCCACUUUUAUUAAGGGGAAUAAGGUCACAUUGGGUACAAAGGACCUUUACAGGGCCUUGAAAGAGCAUAGGGCCGAGUCGCUCGGCAACAAAGUAAGCUCUUCGUGGGCGAAAGAACUGGAGACCUACAAGAAAAACGCCAGUUUGCUCAGAGUCCUCCUUCGUGUAUUUGGCCGGUACUUCGUCUUCCUCGGAGUGGUUCUCUUUUGCCUGGAGGUUACACUCACGGUGCAGCCCCUGUUUCUCAUGAAGCUUAUAUCUAGCUUUUCCAAUCCUAGCCCAACAUCCAAUGGAUUGGCAUAUGCCUACGCGGGCGGAGUGAUUUUGGGCUCUGCUCUCAAAGUGAUCAUUAUGAACCCGUACUCAUUCGCCGUGACUCACCUGGGCCUUAAGAUUCGAGUGGGUGUGAGCAGCAUGAUCUACCGGAAAUGCCUUCGAUUGACCAAAACAGAACUGGGUGAAAUUUCUACCGGACAUAUAAUCAAUUUAAUUUCCAAUGACCUUGGCAGAAUGGACACCUUUAUUCAGUUUACCCAAUAUCUUUGGUUGGCCCCACUGCAAACGCUAGUAGUGACCUAUUUGAUGUACCAAGAGAUUGGAAUCGCUGCCGUGUUCGGUAUGACCUUCAUACUGCUCUUCAUACCCCUUCAAAUGUAUUUGGGCAAAAAGAUCUCUGGGCUGCGACUGAAGACAGCUAUCCGGACGGACAAACGGAUGCGGAUAAUGACUGAGAUCAUCGCUGGCAUCCAUGUGAUUAAAAUGUACGCUUGGGAGCUGCCGUUUGAGAAAAUGGUUGCCCAUGCCCGCCUCAAGGAGAUCAGCGGCAUCCGUCACGUGGCCUAUGCGAAAAGCCUCCUUUUGUCCUUCAACAGAUUCCUGACUCCAGUAUCCAUAUUCCUAAGUUUGGUAGGAUUUGUGCUACUGGGCAGGUUCCUUACAGCGGAAAAGGCCUUUCUCAUCACAGCCUAUUACAAUGUUGUACGCACCAACAUGACAACAUAUUUUUCAGUGGGCAUAACGCAAACUGCAGAAACCAUCGUGUCCAUCAAGCGGGUUCAAAAGUUUUUGCUAUCCGGAGAGGUAGUGGCGCCGGAUGAGAAGGUAGUUUCCAACGGGGCUGAGCAAGUUCAUCAGGAGGCUAGCGAAAAACUCUUAGUGACGCCCACACCAAUGCGUGCUCCCGAGAAGCCUCCACACCAUUCGGAAGAUUGCGUAUCCAUAAGUGAACUAAAAGCCAAGUGGACCACGAACUCACCCGAUUACACGCUAAGUGGGGUGAAUCUGCAGGUCCACGCUGGUACAUUGGUCGCCAUUGUGGGUCACACCGGCUCCGGAAAAUCCAGUCUGAUACAAGCCAUUUUGGGUGAACUGCGUGCCGAGUCUGGAGAGCUCGAGGUUACUGGAUCGAUGUCAUAUGCCUCCCAAGAGCCGUGGCUUUUCUCCGGCACCGUGCGUCAGAAUAUUCUUUUUGGCCAGCCAAUGGAUCGCCUGCGAUAUGAUUUGGUGGUGAGGAAGUGCGCGUUGGAACGAGACUUUGAGCUACUUACCUUGAAGGAUAAAACCAUAUUGGGAGAUCGCGGAGCCUCGCUCUCUGGGGGCCAAAAGGCGAGAAUCAGCUUGGCAAGAUCUGUUUACCGGGAUGCGUCCAUCUAUCUGCUGGAUGAUCCUCUGAGUGCCGUGGACUCCGGCGUGGCCCGUCGUCUCUUCGAAGAGUGCUUGCGUGGUCAUCUGCGCGAUAAAAUUGUCAUCCUGGUCACCCAUCAACUGCAGUUCCUUCAGCAGGCCGACCAGAUUGUGAUCAUGGAGAAGGGCAAGGUGAAGGCUGUGGGAACGUAUGAUUCGCUUCACAAAUCGGGUGUAGACUUUGGCAUCGCACUGGAUGAUCCUGUCAAUCACAAGGAGGCGUCGGAGGACCGAUCGAGAACCUCCAGUAUCACGGACCAACGGCGCAGCAGUGUGAAAUCAGUGGUCUCCCAUGCGGAAUCCUGUCCAGAGAAUUUAGAGGAGGAACAAAAGAUUAACCUUGAGCGGCAGCAACUGGGUCGCAACGGCUUAGGAGUGUACAUCGAUUAUUUCAGGGCAGGAGGCGGAUUCCUCUCCUUUUCAGUGGUAAUGACCUUUUUCGUGUGCUCCCAAGGACUAGCCUCUCUUGGAGAUUACUUUCUAUCCCCUUGGGUCUCAAGAAAUGAGAACACGGUAGCUCAUAACUACACAACAGAUGCUAAGGAUGCGGACUUCGAAGUGCACGCUGCGUACAUAUUUAUGUUGAUAACAGUGCUAUCCAUUAUUGUGACCAUAACACGAUCCUUUCUGUUCUUCAACUUGGCAAUGAGGGCCUCUACCCAGUUACAUAACUCAAUGUUUCGAGGGAUCUCCAGAGCUUCCAUGUACUUUUUCAACAAGAACCCUGCGGGAGGUAUUCUUAAUCGUUUCUCCAAAGACAUGGGUCAAGUGGAUGAGAUGCUGCCCACCAUAAUGAUGACCGUCAUCCAAGACUUUCUCCUGAUUAGCGGCAACAUUAUUGUCAUAUCCAUUGUCAAUCCCCUCUUUCUCAUACCCGCACUGGCUUUUGGAGUAGUCAUAUACUAUCUGCGCUCCUUUUAUCUCAGAACUUCGCUGGAUGUUAAACGCCUGGAGGCCAGUACUCGAUCUCCGGUUUACUCACAUUUCGCUGCUUCUCUUACUGGCCUUUCCACCAUUCGUGCAUUUCGGGCCGAAAGCAUUCUGGAGGCGGAGUUCGAUGGCUACCAAGAUAUGCACAGUUCAGCCUCCUACAUGUUCAUUAGCACCUCGCGAUCCUUCGCCUAUUGGGUGGAUAUAUUCUGCGUGCUCUAUGUAGCGAUGGUCACGCUUGCCUUCUUCAUCUUUCCACCAUCUAGUGCAGCCGAUGUUGGCCUGGCUAUAACACAGGCCAUGGGCUUGACUGGCACGGUUCAGUGGACUGUCCGCGAGUCGGCAGAGUUGGAAAACACAAUGAUUUCCGUGGAGCGGAUGAUUGAAUACGAGGAAAUAGAGCCAGAGGGACCACUGGAAGCCCCGGCUGACGAAAGACCCCAUGAAUCUUGGCCAGAGCAAGGAAAAAUAGAAUUUGAAGAGCUGAGUCUGCGUUACGAGCCGUAUCUGAAAUCGGAAAGCGUUCUGAAGUCCCUCAGUUUUGUAAUAAAGCCCAAAGAAAAGGUUGGCAUCGUGGGACGAACCGGAGCCGGCAAAUCCUCGCUAAUUAACGCUCUAUUCCGCCUGUCCUACAACGAUGGAUCUGUGCGCAUAGACGAUAAAGAUACCAAUGAUAUGGGUCUGCAUGACCUGCGCAGCAAGAUCUCAAUCAUACCUCAGGAACCAGUUCUGUUCUCCGGCACAGUGCGAUACAACUUGGAUCCCUUCGAUGAGUAUAGCGAUGAAAGGCUGUGGUGCGCGCUGGAGGAGGUGGAACUCAAGGAUGUGGUGGCCAGUGUGGCUACUGGCCUGGAGACCAAAAUCACCGAGGGUGGCUCCAACUUUAGCGUGGGCCAGCGCCAAUUGGUCUGCCUGGCACGGGCUAUUCUGCGGGACAACAGAAUACUUGUGAUGGAUGAGGCGACGGCCAAUGUGGAUCCCCAGACGGACGCUCUGAUCCAAGCCACCAUUCGAAACAAGUUCAGGGAGUGCACCGUCCUUACCGUAGCCCAUAGAUUGCACACCAUCAUGGACUCGGACCGUGUACUGGUGAUGGAUGCCGGAAGAGCUGUGGAAUUCGGGACGCCCUAUGAGCUCCUAACGGCCGAUGAUACUAAUGUCUUCCAAGACUUGGUCAAGCAGACGGGUCAGGCCACAUACGACACUCUCCUGAAGAUUUCUCAACGGGAAUUUGAAAAAUCUGAAAAACCCAGCCUCAUGCUUCCCUCUUGACGAGCCGAAAUUGCUAAUGAAUAUUGAAUAUCUCCCCAUUGAAGUUUUCAUACUUUCAGUUACGAAAUGGAUUUUUUGCACAUUAUAUAUAUUUAAAAGCCCUAUUGUUUUGAUCAUAGCUGCAAUAUUAGAAUAUGUUAUAGAAAUUAUUUUGAUUAGAUGUGUACAUGAGUACGUGUUAUCACAGCUGACAGGCGCGAUAAGUACAAAAGAAGUACUUGUAGACUAAUGAGGUUUUCCUCAUUGAGUGAUAUGAUGAAAAAGUUAUCUACGGAAUUUCCAUUUGUGGUGGGGCGAGCUUAGAAAGCCCAUCAUUGUAAAUUGAAAAUAGUUUAUUGUACUAAACUUCAAGAGAAUAGGUAAAAAUGUACUGCUGAUACACCUGGAAGGUGCAACCGUUGUCAUAUUAUAUUAUUAAAAUUCCUAGAUAGUAGAAUUCGAUAUCUACAUUGAGGUCGAUACAUAAAAAGAUAAAUAAAAAAGUAAUAACACUUUAUUACAUGACUAAUGUCAUAUCGGUGCGAACUCCACCCUAAUGUUCA